CAUAAAAUUCUUAUCAAUCUAACAAUGCACCUGCAUUUGAAUUUGUGCGCUAUUCUCCUUUCGGUACUAAAUGGAAUUCAGGGCGCUCCCAAAAGUAUUAAUUCAAAAUCCUGCGCAAUCUCCUUUCCGGAGAAUGUAACGGCAAAGAAGGAGCCAGUGUACUUGAAACCAUCAAAUGAUGGCUCAUUGAGUACCCCCCUACAGCCAAGUGGGCCAUUUGUAAGUCUCAAAAUUGGAGAAUCUCUUGGAAUCUUCUGUCCAGGUGAUGGAAAGGACGUAGAGACAAUUACGUGCAAUACAAAUUUCGAUUUAGCUUCAUAUUCAUGCAACAAGAGCACAACAACGGAUACCAUUGAAACGGAAGAAGUUUGCGGAGGAAGUGGAAAAGUGUACAAAGUUGGUUUUCCUCUGCCCUCAGGGGAUUUCCAUUCAAUCUACCAAACGUGUUUUGAUAAGAAAAAUCUCACACCUCUCUACUCAUUUCACGUUCUCAAUGGUCAAGCUGUUGGAUAUCACCUUAAGCACACAAGAGGAAGUUUUCGUACCAAUGGUAUCUACGGGAAAGUCAACAUUGAUAAACUCUACAAGACGCAAAUUGAGAAAUUCAACAAACUUUUCGGCCCUAAACAAACAUUCUUCCGUAGACCCCUCAAUUUUCUAUCACGUGGACACUUAAGCCCCGAAGUGGACUUUACAUUCCGUAGGGAACAACAUGCAACGGAAAUGUACAUUAACACAGCACCACAGUACCAAUCAAUUAAUCAAGGAAAUUGGCUGCGUGUUGAAAAUCACGUGAGGGAUCUCGCAAAAUUCCUGCAGAAGGACAUAACAGUCGUUACGGGAAUUUUGGGGAUACUUCGGUUGAAGAGUAAGAAAACAGAGAAAGAAAUCUAUUUAGGAGAUGACGUAAUUGCCGUACCAGCAAUGUUCUGGAAGGCUGUUUUUGACCCUCAAAAACAAGAAGCAAUUGUCUUUGUUUCCUCAAAUAAUCCCCACGUGAAGACCUUUAAUCCCAACUGCAAGGAUGUAUGCGCUCAAGCUGGAUUUGGGGAUAAUCUUGAAUAUUUCUCCAAUUAUUCUAUUGGCCUGACUAUUUGUUGCAAACUUGAGGAAUUUGUUAAAAGAAAUAAAAUAAUUCUACCCAAAGAAGUAAAUAACAAAAACUACACGAAACUCCUUAAGUUUCCUAAAACAACAAGCAAGGAGGGAGAGAAGAAAGUGGUACGUAAGCGCGCCAGAGGAGUAUAAAUGUUGUUGAAAUCCUUAAUCUUAACCGCAAAUAAAAUAUCUUCUUCUAAAACUACAAAAGAAA